AUGGCAUUGAAUCCUGAGGAUCUAGGUAGUGGGUUUCGGCACAGCAAGGUGUCAAUGUUCAUCAAUGAACAAAUGGCCAAGCAUGACAAAGGCCCCGAUUUCUACCUCGAGAACCUGUCCCUGUCCUGGGAAGAGGUAGAAGACAAGCUCAAAGUCAUCCUGGAGGAUAGCGAGGUGCCUACUGAGGCUCGAGAAGCCUGUGCCUGGGGCACCCUAGCCUUGGGAGUGCGCUUCGCCCACAGGCAAGGUUGCUUACAAGGGCAUGGGGUGCAGUGGCUCCAAGACUUGUCUAGCCUACAUAAGGUGGCCGCGCUCUCCUUGUCACCAGAACUGAAGCACCUCACCCACAGCAAAGAGAUGGAGCAGAAGGAGGGAGCUAUUCAGCUACAAAUGACCCAGGCUAAACUAGAAGAAGUGCAGAGAAGGCGAGACCUACUGAGACUAAAGAUCCUCCAGGCAGAGCUGAGGGCUCUUCCAAACGCAGUAAGACCAGCUGUGGCCAUUCCUCCUGCUGUUGUCAGAAGAGCAGGGAUGAGGACACAAUGGUCAAAUGCGAAGGAAAACUUGGCAGAGUUGAUGGCUGCCACCACAGGAAAAACAGAUGAGAGGGCAAAUAUGACAGAAGCCGCCCUGGAAGGGACAAUAACUACCCCAGAAGAGGCCUCAGAGGAGCCCAAUGGAAAUUUCAUGCAUCUUCUUGGAGUCGUGAAGUGGAAAAAUUAUCCCCUGAAAAGGCAGAGAGUAGAUAUCAGACCCAAGGAAACAUCCAUGUGCUCUCUCUCUCAGUCCCUGAAUCUGAGAUCCACUGCCUCUUCUGAGCCAUUUACUGUCCAACUCCCGGCCUCAUUCACAUACUCCUAUGAAAGCCCCUUCCCAGCCAUACCCACCACAUCCCAACUACCAACCACAGAAAGACCACCUGAAAUGUAUCCCUACUCCGUUGCCUCUGAUAUGAGUCAUCUGUCUGAUAUGGGAAUCCACAGAGGAGAUCAUCAAGAACUACCGAAAGACAAGAGAUUUUCAGCAUUUCGUAGGCCUGGGGAUUGGGACUGUCCUUGGUGUAAAGCUGUGAAUUUUUCAAGGAGGGAAAACUGUUUCCACUGUGGGAAGGGAAUUUGGCUGCAAAACCCUUAGUGGAUUUGGAAUUUGAAAUAGAACAGAAACA